CAAAAAUACAAGCCAUUUCUAUGAGCUGGCCCGGUUUAGCAAAAGUCAUGCUAAAAUUGCACACCGCUUUGCCAAAUUGUCAUGCUAAUAAAAAGGACUAUGAACUUCCACAUGCCUUGUUUGAGGUAUAGAGUUGGAUGCCAGCUCAUGACCAAAUGUAUGUGGACAACCCCAAACAUAUUCCUGGACAUUUGGGGUCUUGUUUGGUGAACCGUAGAAGAAGUCUUAAGGGCAACUCCAACGCACGAACGCAUUUUGUCUGUUUAGAUCUGUGUCGACAGAAAUCACAACCCAAUGCGCAGACAUAAACACGUUUUGUGUCCAUGUGGACGCAAAACCGCCUCAAAUUUGGGCUGGGUUUGCAUCCACACGAACACGAGAUAGACACACCGCGCAUUCGCUCAGUGUCCGCCCUACAGUCCUUUUAGAUGCGCGCGCGUGGGGCCGGAGCGCCCACUCUUCUCCCUCUCUCUGCCCCCAACCGCUCGAUAGUGCCCAACCCUAGCCAUUGUUACGGCCGGUCGGAGAGGGUUUCGGUGUCGGCCAUCUCAGCCUCCAGCCGUAUGCGCGAGCUCGAGAUACACCGCCGGCACUGAGCUCUCCCCGAAGACCUCCUCCACGAUCCGGCAUAGGAUGUUGACUCGCCGAACUAGGACGCCUGGUUUGUGGACGAGCACGAUGCGCGCCACCGGUCCUUCUUCGCCUCCCGUGUGCGUGCUCCCAGUCCACCAGCGGCUAUUGAAGGGGAGACAGGUGAGGCGUCCGACGAGGCCCACAAGAAGGCCGGCGAGGAAAGAGCUCGAGGAGUUCGCCAAGUGGCUGGGCCUGGCAUUGAUCCUGGCCCGGAGCAGCCGGAGCACGCGUUGGAGUUGGAUUUGCCCCCACCCCAAGAUAAGAAUGAAAAUGUCUGGAUGAUAAUCAAAAGGCCCAAAGAAAUACUUGAGAUUAAGAAAUCUCAAGCAGGCAAUCUAUGAAGUUUCCUUUUUCCGUUCCUGUUAACCAGUUCUUUUUGCGCGGUAACCAAUUCAGACGCAACGGCACCACGCUGUGCGGUGCUGUCCACGUACGUACGGUACCGUCCAUCGUCAACAGCUCGUCAAAAUUCCCUCCCCGGCCUUGCCUACGCCAUCGCAUCCUCGGAUGGCAAUGGGGUCCCCUAAAUCGAAAUCGAGCUCCCCCAUGGCGUCCUCCAAGCCCCCCACGCCGUCCUCCGCGAGCCACCACCAGGCGCGCCGCCGCUGCCGCCGGUGCCUCGUCGCCACCACGGCCGUCCUGCUCGCCCUGGCCGUCGUCCUCGCCGUCCUCUUCCUCACCGUCCUCCGCGUCCGCGACCCCACCAUCCGCCUCGUGUCCACCCAGUUCGUGGGCGCCGCCCCGCGCUUCGCGCUCCUCCCGACCCCGUCCCUCCACCUCAACCUCACGCUCCUCGUCACGGUGUCCGUCCACAACCCCAAUCCGGCCUCCUUCACCUACGCCGGCGGCGGCCACACCAACCUAUCGUACCGCGGCGCCCACGUCGGGGACGCCGAGAUCGACCCGGGCGCCGUCCCGAGCCGCGGGGACGCGGAGGUCCGGGUCGCGCUCACGCUGGAGGCGGACCGGUUCGUCGCCGCCGGGGACGUGAGGCAGCUGGCCGAGGACGUGGAGAGCCAGGCGAUGCCGCUAGACGCCGCCACCACCGUCCCCGGCACGGUGCUGCUGUUCGGCGUGUUCAGGCGCAGCGCCGUGGCAUACUCCGAGUGCAGGCUCGUGGUCGCCGUCAUGGGGAUGCGCGUCCAGAGCCACGAGUGCAACAGCCGCACCAAGCUCUGAC